AUGGGUUUUCUAAUCGAUUUUGCCAGUUUCCUACUUCCUUGGAUGUGGCCGGCUUUGACUCAGAAGGCCAAAGAUGGAGGCUUGGACAUGAUACAAACCUAUGUGUUUUGGGAUGGGCAAGAUCCAAGCCCAGGAAAGGUGACAGGUUGGGGAACCGAUUGGUUCAUCCAGAUUGCAGAAGGUUUUGGAACCAGGAUUUUCAUAGAGGAUUUGACUAGGUUGGAUAAUCAAUUUCAAACCUUUACUGAGGUUUUCGAAUUAGUUGUGAGUGGUUUUGAAGCUGCGAAAGAUGUCUAUGGUCAAAACAUCCAGAAUAGAUUCUGUGGCUCUGCGUUCUGUAAUCGAGCUUCGUCGGGGAGGUUUAAGUUGAAGUUGCUGCAAAACCAAUUCCUGUGUUUAAGCUCUUGGAAUCAGGGAAUUGGAUCUUUAGGAGGUUUGUUCCAAGGCGUCUUUGGGUUUUGGUUGUCUGCUCGACACGGAGAGAAAGCCAAUGAGUGAAGGAGACAGGGGAGAACAGUCUCUCCUUUCGAAAGGAAUUGGGUUCCUUAAUGUCGGAAGAAUGACCAUAUCAAAGGAUUUGGACAUGUAGCUAAUUCCGGGAACGUUGAGCUCUUAGAUACAGCUUCAUUUCCAGCUCGUGUAUACUAGAAGCUAAAGGCCUAAAAUUUCAUCGAGCUUUCUACCUGUUUUUCCAUUAACUGGGUGCAUGUUGCUUGCCAAUGUAGCUGUUACACUUCUAUAUAUUCUCUUAAAAGCUGUGGUAGAUAUGGCUGCAUGGUCAUGAGCUAUGUGUUUUUUUUAGUGUCUGCUGAUUUAUUAAUUUACUGAAUCAUGCUCUCAAGACUGUAUACAUGGUAGAUUACCGAUUUAUUUAAGGCUACACAAAUUGAAGAAGAAUGAGUGUUUAUGUAGGUGUAGCUUGCAUAGCCUGUUCUUUGUAUUUUUUUCCCCUUGCUAUUCAACUGCAUUGAAUAGUAUUCUGGAAUCUAAUGUUUUAGUAAUUUCUGUCUGU